AUGAUAAUAAGGGAAAGUUGCUUAAUGAGACCUUUUACAAGAAUUGUAAGCCGUAGGAGGCUCAAUAAUAUAAGGUACUAUUCUUCUAAGGACGAUGAUAGUUAUUUGAUGAGAAGACUCCAAGAUCUGAAGGAUCAGAGCACCGUGGACAAGAACGAUCCCCUAGUCAAGUUGUCACAAUUUUGUGAGAAUGACGUUGGCAAUGAAUGGGCUUACGAAGAGGAUAAGAUCAAUGCUGAUAAGAUUCUAGAAAUUAUUAAUGCACAACAGAGGGUUUCCAAUAUGCACCUAGGUUCCUCGUCAGACGAAGAUGGACAAAAGGCCUCCCGACCACCAUCAGCAUCAGAUUCUGAAGCACAGAGAGAAGCAUUCCAAUUUAUUAACAAGAUGCCAGGACACACUUUCCAAGAUAAAAUCGAGACUGCUCAAAAGAGGGCUAUAAGGUACAAAUUGAGACAGGAAAAGAUUCAAGAGGCCAGAGACCAAAAGGAACAAUCACAUUUUAGAGAAUUAUAUGCUGAGAGGUUUACGCCUAUUGGUUCCUUUGAAAAACUGGAAUCACUUGCUGAUAGAAGAAUUGAAGAAAGUAUGAGACAGGGUGGAUUUGAAGAUGUGGGGAAGGUAAGGGGAAAACCUACCGAAUUACCCAGACCAAAUCAGCAUGUGAGUACUACAGAGCACUAUCUGAACAACAUUUUGGUUAAACAAAACAUUGCACCACCUUGGAUCGAAAAUCAGUGGAGAGUCAAUCGUAACGUAACGGAUUUCAGAGCAGAACUGUUUGGAGAAUUUGAAAGGGAAUUGUCCUCUAUUUUGAAAAAAUUCAAAUUAUUCAAUAGUUCUAGCAACGUGGAAACAGUACGUAGAUCCAUUGCCCAUAGUUACGGUAGUGUUGAUGGAUUUUUAAAAUAUCGUUUUGAGAAUUGGAAAAAUUCUAGAAAGACUUGGGCAGAUAGAAAAAUUAGUACCAUUAACAGUGGAUUAAGAACUUAUAAUCUACAGGCUCCAUUAUCAACGCAAAAAUUAUAUUUGGUAUCAGACAAGGAAUUUCAACGGGUACUUGAUAAUAUCAAUUUUGACAAUCUAAUAGAUAGUGAAAUUACUUCUUCAAAGAACAAACAGGCCGAAGAGCGGCAUACGGCUCAAUCUAAAUCCCCAUCCCUAGGAGCAUUCUUUAAACUUUGGUGA